AUGGCUUUAUCUUUCUCAAAUCUUGCAACUCAAAAACUAUUUUCAUCCAAAUUUGUUUUUGUCAUCUUAGUAACUUUCUUUCUAGCAAAAAAAGCUAACUCACAAAAUAGGGUUUCCUUCGACAUCACGAAAUUCACCCGUGAUCAAACAGCUGAUCUAAUUUUCCUAGGAAGUGGCAUUGUUUAUCUCGAUGGUGUCUUGUCGAUGCCCGAUCCACUUCGAACUGGUUCACUUGUAGGCCGUGUCUUGUAUAAAUAUUUAGUGCCCAUUUGGGACAGUAGUACUGGAAAUGUUGCCAGUUUUGAAACUUCAUUUACAUACGAAGUACUGAACUUUGAACAUGCGCCCAGUGAUGGGCUGGUCUUCUUUCUUACGGACCUUGCAAAUGUCACAAUUCCGGACAACUCACGCGAAGGACUUCUCGGCAUAGCUGAUGCAAAGAAUGCUUUCAAUAGAUUUGUUGGUGUAGAGUUUGACAAUUAUGCCAAUCCAUGGGAUCCAAACUAUGCACAUAUUGGUAUUAACCUCAACUCAUUAUAUUCAGCCAAAACAAUGAAAUGGAGAUGGGUCUAUGGGGAAGGUUAUACAAAACUGAAAGUAAAUAUCAAAUAUGACUCUCCAUCUAGUAACUUAACCGUGAUCGUCACUGACGAUGAUGGUCAAAUUUCCACACUUUCUCAAAUGCUCGAUUUGAAAUGUUUGCUACCGGAGAUGGUUGCGGUUGGUAUAUCUGGUUCGUCAGGGAACUAUCAAAUAAAUGACAUCCUUUCAUGGUCUUUCACUUCAGUUUUGAACACAGCUACAAGGAGCAGUUUCAACAAUGUCAUUAAUAUUACUAGUGCAAGCUAUUGA